AUGGCUGGUACAAGAUCCUCGAGGCCAGGCGCGACCUCGUUCAUUCAGCAUUCCAUCCCUUUACCACGCUCUGCUUACGAAGGAGUUGAGUACUUUUGUCGGUUCAGGCCGCGGAUCCAUCGCGACGCCAUUCUUGCUGAUGCGGGCUCAUGGCAAUGUCAGGUUGACUUCUUCGGAUCCAGCGCGACAGCCCGGGCCGAUUCUAUCCGCAACAAGAACCAUACGAGCUAUGCCGUGGGCUGCAUCAAUCCAGUUGUCGGGAACUUCACGGCUCUGUGUGCCUGUGAAGCUAUACCAGAUAGACUUGCGCUCACUACGUAUAUGGUUGAGUACGCCUACAUCCAUGACGAUGUGAUCGAAUAUGCCGAGAACAAGGACGAAGACAGAGAUAAUGUGAGAAGACGCCAGCUGCAAGCCAAGAUGGCUGUGGAGCUUAUGGACAUCGACAAGGUUAAGGGAAAAGAAUGCCUUCGCCUGUGGAAAGAAAUGUCAGAUGUUUUCGUUCAGAUCCGAGAGUUGAAGUUCACCAAGCUCGACGACUAUCUCACCUUCCGCGUGAUUGAUGCAGGAUGCCCGUGGACCAUGAGCCUUCUGUGCUUUUCAAUGGAUUUCACCUUGAACGACGAUGAAGUAGAGAAGACCGCGGCCAUCACUUCAGCAGCCUAUGACGGUUGGGUCCUCGUGAAUGACUACUUUUCGUGGGAGAAAGAGUGGAAGAAUCACCAGGCGAAUGGGGGUAGUGGCGUGAUAGCAAAUGCUAUAUUUCUCUUCAUGAGAUGGUAUUCCGUCGACGCCGUCGAGGGUAGACGGAUGCUACGGAAAGAAAUCCUGGCUCGAGAAGAAAAGUAUUGUAAGGCGAAAGAGGAAUUUCUGGUCAGUGGCAAUGUUACAGACAAGACAUCGCAAUGGCUGGAACUACUUGACCAUGUUACUGCAGGAAAUUUCGCGUGGAGCAUGACGACGGCCCGUUACCAACUUGGUGGCAAAGACGCAUACCCAGCUCUCCGGGCUGCAAAUACGGACAAUUGGGAGACUAGCACCACCGAUAGUCUCAGUAACCCGAUCUCGCACAAUGCUGAUAAGAUAGCGAGAAAGAUCAAUCUCAUUUUCAAAGAGCAAAAAUUCUUGGACGCACGAGGACUCGUCAAUCAUACCGAAGACUACCCACCCAUAGUCCUGACUGCUCAAGUGAGCCAGCCCGAUGAGACGCCUGAGUUCAUCCACUCCCAAGUUACGCAGGCUCGAUCCUUCACACAAUACGAAAAGAUGAUCCUACAACCCCAGAACUACCUAGAGUCAAUGCCCUCGAAGGGUGUGAGGAAUUCGGUAAUAGACGGCCUCGAGAUGUGGUACCAAGUUCCAGAACGAUCGCUUGCCACCAUUCGUAAAAUCGUCAACUUGUUGCAUAGCUCUUCGCUGAUGCUGGAUGACAUCGAAGACAAUUCUCCAUUGAGGAGGGGACUUCCUGCGACCCAUACGGUCUUCGGAAUUAGCCAGACUAUCAACUCGGCCAAUCUUCUCAUGUUCAAAGCCCUGAAAGCGGCGGAGUCUCUUUCUCCUGCCGCCGUGCGUAUAUUCAUAGAAAGAAUAAUCGAAGGUCACAUUGGUCAGGGAAUGGAGCUGUACUGGACUUUUCACACGGAAAUACCCACCGAGGAGGAAUACUUCGUGAUGGUAGAUGGAAAAACUGGGGGUUUGUUUAUCCUUUUGGCCGAGUUAAUGCGCUCUGAGGCUACCAGACAUAAAGAUCUCGACACCAGUCUUCUCAUGAAGCUCGUGGGUCGUUUCUUUCAAGCGCGUGAUGAUUACCAGAACCUCGAAUCAGCCCAGUACACUCAGCAGAAGGGAUUUGCUGAAGAUAUCGGCGAAGGGAAACUUUCCCUGCCGCUCAUUCAUGCCCUUGGUUCAAAGACACCACAACGCGGCCGCUUGAUGAGCAUUCUACAGCAGCGAAAGUCGACCGUUGACCUUCCGUUUCAUAUUCGCAAGCUUGCGCUGGACGAUAUCAAGGCUACUGGGGGACUCAAGUAUGCCAAGAAGAUGGCCAUGAGUCUGCAAGACUCCGUGAAUGAGACCCUGACACAGUACGAAGACAAGGUAGGAGCGAAGAACUGGAUCUUGAGGUUGGUACAGAAACGAUUGGAAUUAGAGGUAUAG